AUGAACAAGUCUGCUGAACAUGAGGAAGCUAACGCAGCAGCUAGCAUUAACCAAAACGCUCUGCUUGAAGGUCUGACAUUACUCUCUAAAGAGUUAAAAGACUUUAAAGAAGAUGUGAGGACGGACCUGAGUGAAUUUAAAAACGAUGUUAAUAAAGCUAUGAAAGACCUCGCGGAGUUUAAAGAUACAGUCAAAAUGCUAGCAUUGCGGAGGCGCAAACGGAUAGCUGACCUGGAGUCAGCCUGCCUGGAGAUCAGAGACACACUGCUGACCGUGGUGAAAGAGAACACGGAGAUGCGGGACAAACCUGUCGAUUUGGAGAGCCGUUCAAGAAGAAAGGGCCAGGAGAAAAAGAGGAGAGCUAUGUUGUACAAGGCUCAACUCAUGGAGAAGGACAUCUCUAUAAUGUACACAGCAUAUACUGGAAAUCCUACAGCCAAGGACAUCAGCCAAGCAGAAGAGGCUUCCAUGAAGCAGCACCCUGUAUUCGCUGACUUCAUAUACACAGACCCCAGAGGAGGUCAUGUCCUCCCCCAGACCACUGAAUUGCUGUCUGCCACAGAUGUAUCCCAACAUUACCUGAUGACCCUGGGCUUUAGGAGGAAAGAGGAAGGCCUCAUCCUCAAGAAGAUAUUCUCCGGGAUCUGGCCCUCUCUUCCAGACACAGGAAGGAAAGGAAAAGUGAGUCCCAUGCAACAACAGUACGAAGAGGUGGAAACUCAGAGGUUAUACGAGAAGAUCCUGCCCAUCCUGGAUCUGAUGCAAGCUACCCAGAUUAAUUCAGGUGUGUAUGUGGGCUCAGGUCUGAUUGAGGGGCUUCAAUAUGGCAGCCUGCUGGUUAAAUUGGGCCACCACAGAGAGCACAACAUCAUACUGCACCGCAGCCAGGCUCAGCUCGCCACCGCUCCCUACCUGCCUCAGAUCAGCAUGCAGCAGGAAAACACACUGCUGCAGGCUCUACUGACAGACAUCAUGGAUGAACUGGGAGGACGGAGGAGUAGCACUGAACGUGUCUGGAAUGAAAUGCACAAGGUUGGUUGGCUGAAGGAUCUGAUUCACUCAGUGGAGAAGGAAUACCUCCACAAGAAAGCUCAGAGGAAUCGCUACAGACAGAUGAGCAGAGACAAGGCCAAAUUAAGGAAAAGAUCCAGGAUCUCCAGAGAAUUAUUUCCAACCCCUGCAACUGAGCACAAAGUAACUAAGAGUAUCACACCUUCAGCUGAAAACUGGUUCCUGUGUCCCGGUACCAGGACACCUGGUGUGGCCAAUGAAAGGAAAGUUGUUCCCAGCUAA